AUCGUCACCGAAAGAAAGAGAAGGAGGCGGAGGCGGAGUGGUGGCGCCGGAGCAACGAUGAGCCUGAAGAGCCUUCUCUGUUCGGCGGCUCUGCAGGGCGUUACGGAGGCACGUGCGAGGAUAUUCGGGCACGUGCUGAACCCGACGGGAAGGCGAUCGCCGCACAAGAUUCUACGUAAGAAGCUAAUCGGUGAUAAGAUCGUUCAGUGGUACCCUUACGACAUCAAGAAUGACGAUCCGCUCGUUUUGGCUCGGGAGGAGAAGGAGUACGCGCUUUUUUUAUCAUUAUUUCUAGCUAUCUGUUUCUUUUGGUUGUGAUGCGCACCAUGUGUUUGUUGGUAUGCCUCUUACGGCGGUUGUUGGAGUUUUUUUAUUUUGUGCUGAUUUGAAUUGGGGACAGAGGAUUUUCCUGCUUGUGAGUAGUAUAGAAUUACUGUAACUGAUCUGUUUAGGUGAAGCGGAGGACUGAGAGAACGCUUGGUAUAAGACAACAUCGUUUUUUGUUGAUGGUAGAAUGAAUAAUCGGAAAUCUUUCGACUCUUGAAA